UUAACUUUUCCAGAAAGAUAAGAUAUGUCCAAGUCAGAGAGUAAUUCUGAUUGUCCUCCAAGAAAGCAGCCUCGCCUUGAUUGUGAAAUGGAUGAGAGUCGGGGAUCAUGUGGGAGUGAAGACAGUCCAGGGAAGGAGGAGAUCACGAGGGCCUGGCCCACAGCAAGUUUAACAAGAGCAUCUGGUGGCAAUGAUGUUUUAGCAGAUCCACGCUAUGAGGGAUUCCAGCUGUUGGAUGAAGUACAUGAUGGAGAUGAUGAUGACAAUGAUGAACCAGAUGGACAAGAUUCAGAGGAGGAUUAUGAGUAUGAUUCAGAAGUACCUGAGGAGGAGAUUGAUGCCCUGCUGGAGGAGGGCUUGCCUGAAGAGAUGAAAGGGCCAAGAAAAAGGAAAAGAGAAAUGGCACUUGGAGAAAAUGAUGAGAGCCCCUAUGAUGAAAGAGAAAAAGUGGUAUUGGUUGAAAAAGGAAAUAGUCACUUUGAAGUACUACCAGAAGGAUGGGUUCAGGUGACACACAACAGUGGAAUGCCUGUUUAUCUUCAUAAACAGACAAGAGUUUGCACAAUGGCUAAACCUUAUUUUUUAGGACAAGGUAGUGUCAGGAAACAUGACAUACCCCUCAGUGCUAUACCUUGUCUCCAGUACCUGAGAGCUCUAGCAGAUGAGAAAACAAGCAGUCAAGAGAGUAAAGAAACCAGUGAGAAGGAAACCUCGGAAGGGGAAGAGAGUCAGCAAAGCAGGCCUGGAAUCGGCAUGAAUGCAAGUCAGGUGGACGAUCAAUUGGGAGUCAUUGAGAAUGGGAUAGACGCUGUGAAGGCGACAUCAGUUAGCAGAGCCACAUCAUGUCCGGUGACUGGCGGAAGUUUGGCAGCUGCUUUGGCUCUCAAUACAAAUAAGGAAGGAGGUGCCCCGCCUGCUGGGUUGAUGGUAGGCAAUGCCAAGAUAGAGACAGCGGUGGAAAAUCUGCAGCAGCAGUCUUUGGACGAACUUGAAGUCAGGGAAUACUGCAAGAACCGAUUUCUUUUUAAGAGCAUUAAGAUUAUUAGGUUCAAAUCCUGGGCAGAAAGAAGAAGUUUCCAGAAGAUGAGCAAGAAAAAAGAUAGACCGCAACUCCCAGAAGGAACUAAACUUAUAUCCCUUAGGAGACAAGAGGAGGAUGGUGUUCCAGCAGCCAGCAGUAAGAAGGAGUGGAUUAUGAAUCCCAAAGGAAAGAGCUAUGUGUGCAUUUUACACGAGUAUGUGCAACAUGCUCUUAAAAAACAGCCAAAGUAUGUCUUCAAAGAAGUAGAGAAUGCUGCCACACCAUAUGCUGCCACCAUCAUCAUCAAUGACAUGCACUACAGCACAGGUUAUGGUAGUAGCAAGAAGCAAGCAAAAACAGAGGCAGCUAAAGCAACACUAGAAAUCCUUCUUCCUGAGUUGGGUGAAAAGAUCCGGGAGGAAUCAAACACUAAGGGAGAUGCGGAUUUGUCUUUCUUUGAUGAAAUUCGCAUAGAAGACCCAAGGGUACCAGAGCUCUGCAAUAAAACAAGUGAACUUUCCCCCUAUUCAAUUUUACUCAACUGUCUUCAGAGAAACUUUGGUCUUAAUGGUGCCAAUAUAGAGUCCAGAUUAGUCACCCAGAAAAAUCAGAAGAACGAGUUUGUGAUGACAGUUGGAAAACACACUGUGCAGGUCCAGUGCAAGAACAAGAAGGAUGGGAAACAGAGAGCCUCACAAGCUAUCCUUCAGAAACUCCACCCACAUAUCAGCAGCUGGGGCUCGUUACUAAGGUUAUAUGGUAACCGGUCAAUGCAGACUAUGAGAGAAAAAAAGGCUGAGGAACAAGAAAUCACCUUACUGCAAUCAAAUGCCACUGUGAACCAGCCAAACACCUCCAUCAUAAACAAACUAAAGCUGGAGAUGCUCAAACUGCAGGAAAUGAAGAACUCCAUUCAACCAAUUGGAAGAUUCCUCCCUCCCGAAGAUGUUGCCCUUCCCUCUGCUUCAGGAAUCGAUCUUAAUAAUGUUGAUCUAUAAAGGAAAUAAUUUAUCUUUCUAUUUUAUGAUGUGAAUGUGAGGGUAAUUACUUGAGCUGUCUCCAAGUUAUGAAUGUAUGUACCAGUUUUUUAUUAAACUUUUUAUCAAUGAUAUUGAAAAAAAGAAAUGUGAUAUUAACACAAGGUGCCCACCCUUAUGCUGUGAUGAACAAGACCAUAAAAUUGCCUGUGAUAUACAAGUGCAUGAAGUCCCAAGUUUGUUUUACAGGUAGCCUAUCUAUUUUUUAUCACAGAUGCCAGUGAUUUCUGUACUUAAUAGAGCAGCUGACUCAUACUGUUAAAUCAGAUAACAGAUCUCACUUUCAUGUUUUUAACCAUGUUGGAGUUAUGCAGAAAUAUAACUGAAUGAAAAUAUGUGGAAAACAACGUUCCAGUUACAUGCGGUCUUUCACUUUUUCCAUAUCAUGCUAUUAUGAUAGUUGUUCUCUGUGCACAUCAUUUGCCCCAUGUUUUCAGUUUAGAAUAAAGAAAAUGCUUUAAAAAGAGACCAAACUAAUCAAUAAAAGAA